CAGUCAUUUCUUGUAAGACUUGGAAGAAGGUUCGGUUCUUGGUGAUUUCUGUUCUCGACGCAAGUCUUCUAUCUCAUUACUUAUUGGAACUAUUUCCACAAAUUGAUUUGUUUGGCUUAGUUAUCGACACAACAUAAAAAAUAAGACGAUCAUGAUCGUGGGAGAGCUGUUUCAAUCAGCAAAACAGUCUGCUAAGACAGCAUUCUUUUUUGCUUUGUCUUGUAUUAUCUUGCCAGUUUUAAUCAUCAGCUUCUCGAUUGUAUCGAUUACACGAAAAAUAUGGAUAGCGUUUCUGUCCAACCGGUAUCCGUACUUGAAGUUUGCCAGAACGAACAACAUCCGUAGCUUAGUGGAUACUUCUAGAAACCCCGGGGUGUUCCAUGUAUUGCUUCAAGUGGAAGGGUUAUGCGAUAUUCAUGCAAUAAAGGCGAAAUUCAUUGAUCACGUCUUAAGCCGGCGUGAUCAACUAGGCCGUCUAUUUUUCGCUCGUUUGAAAUUUCCGUUGAUAUCCUGCUGGGGUCAAUAUGCAUUUGUUAAGCAAACUAAGGACUUCAACAUCGACAAUCACAUAAUAUUGGCUCCAGCUUUACAUCGUGGACGACCUCUGACAGAGUCCAAUCUUCAAGAUUUUGUCAGCGAUAUUAUUUCUAAAUAUAUGCCAUCGGACAUUCCACCAUGGCAGGUGUUUUGCAUCCCAAUGGCUAGUGGAACUUCAGCGUCAAGUGGAUCAGCCGAGUGCGAUAGUACAGUUCCGUAUUACUAUUUGCUUUAUAGGGUCCACCAUUUGCUGCUAGAAGAACAGCGCAAUCUAAGAAUUUCAGAUUUACUUCUAAUCGACUUGAGAUCCACAUGUGCAGAAAGCGCAAACAACAUUUCAGAAUGCGGGUCUAUUUUCACAAAUCUCAUGGAACGACCAGUUCAUUUGCCCAAAAUUUGGAAUGAUUUGAAUGCCCUCAUCAGCAAUAAAUGGAACGAAUUUGUGUACCAACACGAUCCUCUGGAAUCGCCAGAUUUAGAGAAGAAACACAUAGCGGGCAUUCAACAAUUAAUGUCGGUGACUUUGAUAGGAAUCGUGUCAGUGGUGUCUGAUUUUUACAGAGGUUUCUCGAAGGUAUCGGGAAAUCCACUGAGAAAGAUCGACUUUCUGAAAUCACUGAUCGACCGUGAAAUUUGUCGUCGCAAUUUGAAUUUGGGAACUAUUUGGACUGCCAUUAUCAGUUCACUGGAUCCUAUCAAUGUAAUCAAAGAGUGGAUAUUUCUGCUCUGGAAGAUCGGAGCGACCCUUACGUUAAUGGUUCCUUGGUACAUAUUCCGCGAAUUUGAAGCUAUUCGUAUCUAUGUACUUAUGAAGAAAUACAAACGCAAUACUGUUAUUGGUUUUCUGAUGGAAUACAUUCCGGUGUGCUUGAAAGGCGUAUCAGAAUUUGGGAAGGGAAUACAACUAUUGUACACCGCCCCUAAAUUGAUCCACGAAGAGCUUUUUGAGCACAAGCCAGAUACUGAUCACUAUUUGCAGAAUGUUUCGCUCUGUGGACGAAAAGUUGUCUCUUGGUCGGAACGUAUUGAGGCAACCGAGUUCAGAAUUAACUAUAAUGAAGGGAUGCCACCUAAAAGAACAGGAUCUAUUCAUCUCAGACAGUGCAACAAAACCUGUACUGAAAUUGAAAUUCUUUUGGGCAUAAUUUCCCGAUCUAUCGGGACGCUAUGUCGCAACGGAGACGGGAAGUUGCCACGAAAUGUACUUCUGAGUGGCCGUUGUAUGCUGGAUGAUUACCUGCUCGGGACAACUGAUUACAAAACUGGGAAUAGUGGUUUCAUUUCGCUAACUUUACCACUCGAUGUGAGUGAUAAGCGACAGCUUAUAAAACAAAUACGACUAUCGAUUGAGAAAAUUCGACGCCAACAAGUGAUGGUUAAUUUUUUAACCAUUGUGCAAUUGAAACACGAUUUGAUGACUAACGCGCUGCCAGUGGUGAUUUCCAAACUACUGAUGAAUUAUCUUUCUCGACGGUUUGCCAUCACGGUCACGGAAGUAAUAGAAAAUCAAGCAAACGCUGGGGCUCGGAAAAAUCUUCUAGGACAUACUAUUCGAGAUAUUGUUUACUUCAGACCUCCCCAAUCAAAUACUAGUGUUUCUUUAACGGUGCAAAGAUUUAAUAAUGAAAUACGAAUUGCGUGUAUAGCAGAUUCUCAAAUAAGUCCAAAGCAUCUUGCUUUAACGAAUGGGUUUCGAAGAUAUCUACAUGAUUUUAAGAAGUUGACAACUGGUGUUUCGACGAUAAAUGAGUAACGUUUAAUAAUAAUCAGAAAACGAAAAUGAGUAAACAUACGUGUUUUUAAAUCUAUCCCAUGCGAUAGAUAUCACGACAGUUGGCGAGGAAUGUGCAUAGCAUGUUGUGACCAUUCACAUCGAAGUCUUCUUCUCCUUCAGUGCCUUGAUAUGUGAUGAUCUGAAACACAAAUUUUGCACACUUUUAACAUCUUAGACAAACUUAUGUAGUUUUUGGAAUUAUGAAUUAAUAGACAAAUAAAUGUAAAUUACAAAAAACAUACAUAUUAAUGUUUUGAAACUA